UUUGUUAUCCAACCGAUCGGGCGAUGACUUAUUGAUGCUAUAUGGCCCGUCCGGCCGUUCUCUACCUAGCUAGUCUAACUUGCGUGUUGAUCGAGUGUUCACAAUGGCAAGAGCUGUCGCCUCCGGUGUUGCGGCAGCCGCAGCUGGGGGCUUCGGGCCGCCGUGGCUCCUGAUGCUCGGCGCGGCCCUGCUCUCCGUGUGGGCCAUCACGCUGGCCGUCCUCCUCUGCGGUGACAGCUCGGAUGGCAGACGCAGGCCGAGAUACAACGCCGCCGCUGCUGGCGCUGCAGCAGGUGCAGCUAGCGGCGGCGCCGUCUGUGGCGCCAGCGGUGGCGGAGGUGGCUGCGGUGGUGGCGGUGGCGGUGGCGGUGGAGGAGGGGGCUGUGGUGGCGGCGGGGGCGGAGGCGGCGGUUGCUAGAUUUGGUCGUUCAUCGCCUCAUCGGAUGCUUCAGCCGCUUGCAGUUGCAGUUCAGGGAGCCUGCAAGUGCAGAGGGCUGCGCGGCUGGGCAGCUGCGUCAUAUAUGGUAGGAAUGCCCGUGUGUACCCUCUAAAAUAAUUAUAUGGUUAUUCCCUAUUCAUGUUUCGUGAUGCUAUAUCAUUUUUCUUCUUCUCCUUUCCAAAAUUCUGCAUAAAGAAAAUUAAAGAAGUAGAUAAGCUAUCACAAGGAGAAAAGUUCAUAGAUUUCAUACUAGGUGCUAUCACAAGAAUAUGGAGGUUCUGGAUGUAAUUGGAUGUUGUGAUCGUCAACUUUUUAAUUCUUGAGUUAUCUGCCAUA